ACUAAGCCCGGUAACAGAAACGAGUUUCGUGGCUCCAGUGAAGCACAUGGUGAGACAGGCGAUGCAACUAUGAAGGUGCCCGGUGAAGCGGCACGAAGCUCAGGCUGUUACGUGGGCCCCGGGUUAUUGUUCAAGAACGACUCGGACCAAGGCAUGGAACUCGCUGGAGCUGUCUCGAAAUACCAUUGGACAACGCAGAGCGUCUUGCUGUCCGUUUUGCAAGUGCAACGAAAGGUAUAAACGAUCUGACAUAGCGAGUACUAGUCAGUAACUAAAGCAAGGAGAUCAUGUAAGGAGUUGGUGAGCUUUGUGGCGUCAAGUUGUUCUUUUCCGCUUACCUCGGGAUUUGCCGGGGUACUACGUUCAGCAGUUCAGGAAGUUUGUGGCCAGUUGAGGAAAAAAAGCGGGAAAAGUUUCGACAACGAUGCAACGUAUGCGACCUUCGGCCGAGUGCAAAAUAUGGCCUGCUUUUCUGCAUCCAUAUAUCUUCUCUUGCAUGGUCUUCACGUCCCCUGGACUCCUGGCAUACAGCAUCCCCUUCUAGUCGAUUUCUUGAAGGAGGUUCCCAAAAUAACCUGAGCAAAAUGUCCAGUCCUCGGCCAUCUCAAGACACUUCACGGCUCUCACAAACGGACGUAAGGGUAAAUUGCUCUGAUAAAAACAGUGAUGUCACCGCAGCCUUCGGAAGAGCACUUAACGAGAAGAAACACGACGUUGAUGUUGACGGAAAGACAAUAACGCGUCAUGUUACACAUGAGUUUGAUGUGUAUGGAGAUGAAGAAGCUGCAGACAUCCAAUACAGGACAAUGGUUUGGUGGAAAGCCGCUGCUCUUAUGUUAGCGGAGACGGUCUCACUUGGAAUUCUUUCACUUCCAUCCGUAUUCGCCACCCUUGGUAUAGUUGGAGGCUGUAUUCUCGUUCUCACUCUUGGUGCAGCCGCAACUGCUUCUGGAUACGUCAUCGGCAAAUUCAAGUUGCGAUAUCCACAUGUUCAUAACAUGGCCGACGCCGGUGAAAUCCUUGCUGGCCCUAUUGGCAGAGAAUUCCUCGGUGCUGCUCAAGUUGUCUUUAUGGUAUUCAUCUGCGCAAGUCAUGUGCUUACGGGCAAGAUCGCAUUUGAUACCUGUAACUCAUCCAUACCUUUUUCAGUACAUGUUCCUUCGUCUCACUUGCGCUUAGUUACUGCGGGAGCGUCCUGUUCUGUGCUGUGGGCAGCCAUAUGCGCUAUCGUCUCGCUUGUGUGCACUCUUCCACGUACACUGAAUGGUAUGUCGCACAUGAGUGUUAUAUCGUUCGUGUCAAUCCUUGCUGCUGUCUUCAUUACCAUGAUCGGUGUGGGUGUCACUGGUCAUACAGGAAAUAUUAGCGUCACCGUCGCGCCAAACCUGUCAUUCGCGAAUGGAUUCCUCGCCUUCACCAAUAUAAUUUUUGCCUACGCGGGACAUGUUGCAUUCUUCACAUUCAUCGCAGAGAUGAAGGUGCCAGAAGACUUCCCGAAAGCUCUCUACGUUCUACAAAUUGCUGACACAACUCUGUACCUCGUCGUUGGUGUCGUUGUAUACGCCUACGUGGGAUCAACCGCCGUUUCCCCUGCUCUUGGCAAUACUGGCUUAACACUUCGUAAGAUCGCGUAUGGCAUCGCAAUGCCGACCAUCAUCAUUGCCGGUGUCAUCAACGGCCAUGUUUGUGCGAAGAUGGUCUUCAUUAGGAUCUUCCGUCGUGAUGGCGUAAAGUCAAAGCACAUGACUUCAAAUUCACUCAUCGGUUGGGCGACUUGGGUUGGCAUUUGCGUCGCUAUCUGGGUGCUAGCUUUCGUGAUUGCUGAAGUAAUCCCAUUUUUCAACGGCCUGUUGGGAAUAAUCAGUUCGAUGUUUGCGACUUGGUUCACCUACGGUAUUUCUGGCAUCUUCUGGUUUUACCUUACACCAAGAUCAGAAUACUGGUCUUCGACUAAGCAGAAGCUGAAAGCCUUGUUCUGGGGUUUCGUCAUCCUUUUUUGCGCAUUCGUCAUGGUUGCGGGUUUCUACGCAAGUGUGGCUAGCAUUAUUGAUGGAUACAAGACUGGAGGCUUCAAAGGGCCCUUCAGUUGCACAAGUAGUGCAUUGGUAUAACCUUCUAUUGAGUUCGUACGAUUGAAUGGGUGUUCAUGAAUAACGACCAAAAGAAAAUAUUGCUCUCGGCAUCAAUGCUACAUUUACGACAGACAAUAUCUUAGACUUUGUAUCAGUAGACUGCUUAGAAUCAGAUAAUGACCAAUCGUGCUCCACGCCGUACUUCCAACUGUAUUGACUCAGCUCAUGUUGUUGCC